AUGCCCGAGGAGCCCAUCCUCUCGAGCCUCUGCACAACAUUACCCCGAGCAACCUCUUCUGUUUCUUCUCGCCCUUCUUUGUCCCUGCCAAGACCCCGCUUAUCGCCUGAUAACGGCUGCCAACACCCGACCAGCGAGACACUCAUCCCACACACACACAAGCACAUGCUCAUGCUCGUGCUCGAGUCUCCCGCCGACGCCCAUGCAAACGACCCCGGACGAACAAGCAAUCGGGACGCGUUCCCCAGUCCCUCAUCCCAGUCUCCAUCAUCGUCACCGUCACCGUCACUGUCGCAUUGUUUGCCCAUGUCUCCACCGCCAGCCGCCACUACGCCCUCACCCGCCAGUCUGAGUCUGCAAUACAACCAGUCUAACGGCGGUGAUGCCGGUGCAGCCUCAGUCUCGCCCUCUGCUGCAGAUGCCGUCAGCAUCAAUGUCAAAACCCAGCACGAGGAUUCCAUGAUCCUCGAUGAUGGUGACCAGAGGCAGAGCGGCGACGAGGGCGUAAGUGAUAACGACGACGACGUGGCUGAGGUUGUCAGCCGAAAUGGCAAGCGGAAACGUCCUAUCUCUGUCUCAUCUUCCCAUGUCUCCAUGCUCCCAAUCGCCGACAGUGCUCUCCAUGUGAACUCUGUCAAGUGUGAUCGCGGCCAGCCCUCCUGUGGGUGGUGCAGUCGCAAUGGCGCACACUGCGAGUACAAGGAGCGCAAGAAGCCUGGCCUGCGCGCCGGAUAUGGGCGCGAGCUGGAGCAGCGGCUCGACAAGCUCGAGGAGAUCUUGCGGACCCAUUCAGAGAUUCUUCAGGCGACCAUGACCGUACAUCAACGAGCGCAGCCGUCCAUGUUAUCCCAUCACAAUCCCUCUUCGAGCAUCAGGGGCAGCAUCGCCAGUUUACCGAGUGACCAUGGUACUCCUCGUGACGCCCAAGCGCCCAGUUUCACCAGGCCGGACACGAUUCGCACACCUCAGGCCGAGACGGCGCUCUUCCUGCAGAAGCCGUCGUCGUAUCCUCCGACUACCCAAUCAAUGGACUUUGGCAUACCUCCUCCAACGCCAGGGCUGCAUGACGGCUUUCAGCCUGCAGUCACCAUGGCAGGAGUAUCACCGACCAAUCACAGCCACAUCUCGGCCAUGUCAUCAGUCUCAGUAUCUGGUAUACCAAGCGCCGCAGCUCAAGAAUAUUAUGGCCCCAGUGCUGGCGCUCCCCUUCCUUCGCCGACAGUCAAUAUGUCCCACUCUCACAAUCAGACUCUUUCAUCGGACCAAGAUCUGCCACCUUAUGAUCUUUUAUAUGCCUUGGUCGACUUGUACUUCAAACACAUCAACACCUGGUGCCCAAUACUGCACCGCAAAGCCACAUUGGAUUCAUUGUUCGGGCCUUCUAUGAUAGAGGAGACUGACAAGAUCCUUCUUCAUGCUAUCGUGGCCACCACGCUAAGGUACUCAGCAGACGCCAGACUGUCCGAGGAAAGAAGGCGGCAUUACCACGCAGUAUCAAAACAACGGGUCAUGCUUUACGGCAUGGAACACUCUUCCGUCAAAUCCUUACAGGCGCUCGUCAUUCUCGCCCUCGACCUCGUUGGAGACAGUAACGGUCCUCCUGGCUGGAACAUCAUGGCACUAAUAACUCGUUCCGUCGUGCAACUUGGCCUAGCCGUCGAAUCCAGCUCCUUUUCAGUCAGCCCGAAUUUCACGUCUAUAUAUACUCUCCGCGCCAUGAUUUUACCUGAACCUAAGGACUUCAUUGAGGAGGAAAGUCGGAGAAGGCUGUUUUGGAUGAUAUAUCUCCUAGACCGCUAUGCUACGAUAGCCACGGCUUUUGAAUUCGCCCUUGACGAGCGCGAGAUCGACCGCGCCUUGCCUUGCCGUGAUGACCUUUGGACCAAGAACCAAAAGGUUGAGACGCGAUGGUUCAGUGACCAGCACCACUACGAUACGCAUCAUGAGCAACACAAUGGCGAAUCACCAGAGCAUAAGAUGGAUAAUCCUCAGAAUCUUGGGGCUUUCUCGUAUUACAUUGAGAUCCUUGGUAUUUUCUCCAAGAUACAUACGUUCCUCAAGCAGCCCGUCGAUAUAUCCGCCUUGUCAGAUGUCGAGCAGUGGCAGAUGCGCUACAAAGAGCUCGACAAUACUCUGACCUCGUGGAAGUUCGGCCUUCCUGGCGAGUUCGGCAACAUGGCCAAGUUGUUCCAACCAGGGUCGAAGCAGCUCAACUGUGCGUGGGUCAUGUUGCACGCAACAUACCACACCGCGGUGAUCCGUCUGCAUUCCUCUGCCGCUUACCCGACCACACGCUCGCCUAUUUUCCACCCAUCUUACAGUGCUAGCCAGAGAUGUCAUGGCGCAGUUGAGAACAUCCAGGCAUUGGGAGAAUUUGUCAUGAACAAUGGCCUCCUGUCGAAACUGGGUCCUCCUUUCGCGUUCACACUGUGGGUCGCAGCGCGUCUGCUGCUCGUGCAUGGCAGCACUGUAGAACACAAGCUGUCCCCACAGCUGCCCUUCUUCGUGGACUGCCUCAGGGAAAUGGGCUUGUACUGGCCUGUCGCGGCAAGAUACUGCAGUCUGCUCCAACGAGUGCUGGAUGAGUACCGAGAGGUCGAAGGGCAGCUAGCCAUGGGCGGCGAAAGCGGAACUCCCUCGAGCGUCAAGAUCUUGGCGGACAUGAGGAGGACAGCAUUCGAUUUGGAUUUCUUGAUCAGUCGACAGCCCCGACAUAACAACCCAGGGGCUAAUGGUCUCGGCAUAUCGGGCACUGGGACGACGCCCGGCCCGGGAGGGAGCAACGGGCUGGGCGCCGGUGGAUUUGGAGGAGGGAGGAACAGUCGCUACCCAAGUGUCACGCCAGCUAGGACGCCACAGCCCAAUGACUUGGAGUACCUGGACGUGUUCGACUUCUUCAACGUUCCGAGACUACCUGUCGGGGCGCCGGGCGAGGUGGGCACGAUGGAGAACAACGGCCAUGGUGGUAGCAGGGAUGGUGGGCAGCCUCCUUUGUCGGGAGAUGCUGCUAAUAACGGGCAUGGGAAUGCCAACGAGUUCAACAUCCAGGAGUUCAUGGUCGAUGCUAACAGGGACUGGUUGUUCAAGCAAGAGGGGGCCAAGUUUCUCAACUGA